CACUCUUCACUCUCGCUUUCCGUCAUGAAGUGGUUGCAGAUAUUACUACAUUUGUGUCUAUGGCUGGGCCUGGCAAUAGGCACGUCAGGUCCUAACCCCGAGGCUGAUGCAGAGCCAGAACCUGAACCAGAAGCAGAACCUUCUACUGGUUACUCUUAUGACUCCCCUGUAAAACCUUUCCUGCUACCUGGAGAAUCUGCAGAUCUAUCACCAUCCUAUUCACCACCUCAAAAUCAGCCAUCCUACAGCCCGCCAUCCCAGUCUCCAAAUGGAUACGCCAGUGACGGACCAGCAAAACCUUUCCUGCCACCAGGAGAGUCUGCAAAUCCUGCUGCAUCAUAUUCGCCACCUCAGAACCAACCUUCUUACAGUCCACCAACUCAGUCUUCAAGUGGAUAUGCUUAUAACGAACCAGCAAAACCUUUUUCAUUACCUGGUGAUUCUGCAGGCACUUACAAGGAACCUACAAAACCGCUACUAAUCCCAGAAGUAUUAACAGAUGCUGGAGCACCAUAUUCACCACCUCAGAUUCAAGAGACCUAUAGCCCUUCAUCCUCUCAACCCUCAAAAGGAUACUCUUAUGAUGAACCAGGAAAACCCCUCCUGUUGCCUGGAGGAUCAGGGGACCCUACAAUAUCCUAUUCCCCACCUAAAAAUCAGCCAACCUAUGGCACUACACCGCCAUCCAUAGGAUACGCUUAUGAUUCUCCUGAAAAGGCUUUCCCACUGCCUGGACAGUAUGGAAAUAGUGUACUUUCAAAUACAGCAGAUCAAACUAUACUUUCACAUGGUUCUACAGUUUCUCAGUCCUCCAGUGGUUAUUCCUAUGAUGAACCUGCAAACCUAUUUCCACUACCUGGAGAAUCUAUAGAUCACUCAAGUGGAUCAUCCUAUAAGCCUCCAGCACCUGAUCAAACAUACAAUGCCCCAGUGCCAGACCAAUCUUAUGAUAAACCUUCUUUACAGCCAAUAAUUCCUUCACAGUCAUACGACAAACCAAGUCAACCACCAUCUUACAAUCAGCCAGAACCCGAGCCUAUUUACAUCCCUCCUACUCCGUCACAAGCAUACGUACCUUCAAAAAAUGAGCCAACUUACAGUCCUCCAAACCCCUCACUGUCGUAUAAUCAACCUAUUCCUGAACCAACAUAUUCACCUCCAGCUCCUUCACAAUCAUACGGCCAACCAACUCCUGGACCAUCUUAUAAUCCUCCAAUUCCUGAACCUUCUUAUACACCUCCAGUCAAUCAAAACUCUUUGCUACAACCACAAGUAAAUCCCUCUUCUAUAUACAUUCAACAACCACCUAAACCUAGUUAUUCUGCACCAACUACAAAACCAACUUACAUACCUCCUGUUCUAAGCAAUGCCUAUUUGCCACCACCUUUAAAUCAAAACCCAAAACCAUCUAAUACAGCUUCCAUUCCUAUACAGUCAUAUGGACUUCCAAGUCAAACCACAGAGCCAUCAUACCAUGCAUCAACUUCAGGGCAAUCCUAUGGUACACCAAAACCAACAUCAAAGCCAAGAGUCGUGAUCAUACCAGCAAAAGUGUAUGGCCCCAUAAAACUGCCUUCAGGGUUAUCAUUUAAACCUCUUAUUCCAAAACAGUCAUAUGGUCCACCAGUAGACACCCCAAAGCCUUCCUACAAUGCUCCUCCUGCUCAGUCUUAUGUUCAACCAGUACAAACUCCAAAGCCAACAUAUAGUGUUCCCAUUCCUCCUCAGUCCUAUGGUCCACCAAAACAAACUCCAAAACCUUCCUACAAUGCUCCCACACCUGCUCAGUCUUAUGGUCCACCAAAACUAACUCCAAAGCCUUCAUAUAGUGUUCCCUCUCCUGCUCCGUCUUACGGCCCACCAAUACAAACUCCAAAGCCUUCCUACAAUGCUCCCACUCCUCCUCAGUCAUAUGGCCCACCAAUUCAAACUCCAAAGCCUUCAUAUAAUGCUCCCACUCCUUCUCAGUCUUAUGGUCCACCAAUACAAACUCCAAAGCCUUCAUAUAAUGCUCCCACUCCUCCUCAGUCAUAUGGCCCACCAAUUCAAACUCCAAAGCCUUCAUAUAAUGCUCCCACUCCUCCUCAGUCCUAUGGUCACCAAUAUAAACUCAAGAGCCUUCAUAUAUCUCCCACUCCUUCUCACAGUCUAAUGGUCCACCAAAAUUAA